AUGAAUCAAAAAGGAACAAAAAAAGUUUAUCAAAUCAUAACUAAACAAUGUUUAAAAAGUAUUCAAGAAAGAUUAUUUAUGGAUAGUGACAGCGUUGAACAGUUCAUCACACAAGAAUCGUUAAGUAAGUUUACCGAUGGUCAAUUAAAUUUUAUUAUAGGAAGCAUUAAAGAAAGUCAAAAAGAUGGAAUUUUUGAACAUUGUUUUGACUUUCCUGAGUUUUAUAAACCCAGAGAUAAAUUUAUCGCUGAAGUUGUUGAUAUGUUAAAUGCUGAAAUUGAAGUACUCUCUAAAAGACCAAGUCUCUCUGAAAAAAAAACUAAUUUCAAUUUUAAUGAACCAAAAUAUAAUUUUUUAUCACAAAAUAGUGUUCCAAUAAGAACAAAUAAAGAAGAAAAUUCUAUAUUAAUUACUGGUGAUGAAGAAACUGUUAUUAACUUAGUUGAAAACGAUAUUGUUAACGAAACAGGGAGAAAAAUAAAUACAAAAAGUGAAACCGGUGAUAGUGAAAGGACAGUAAUUGAACCUACUGAAGAAAAAGAAGAUAAAAAACCAAAACAAUUUCCUGAAAAGAAAAGACAAAAGAAAAGUAACACAGUAGAUCCAAUUAUUGAAGAAAUUCAACACUAUUAUUAUCGUAGAAGAAGAUUAACUCGUCCAAUAAAAGAAGUAAAGAUAGAUAAUGAAGAGCCUUUAAAAACACCACAACUUUCUCAUAAAAGAAAAAAUUUUAUAUCAUCUCCUAUUUUUCAAGAAGUAAAUAUUAUAAAUACUAACUCCUCUUCAAGUGAAAAAGACCAGUCUGAAACACACUCUGAAUCAAAAGAAAGUUCAGUUCAAAUUGUUGAAGAAGAUAAUAUUCUUCAAACAAAUAAAAAAAAUAAUUCAUUAGCCAAGGAUAGAAAAAGAAAAACAAUUCCAAUAAAAGAAGCACAAGCUUCAUUAAAAGAAGUAAAAAGUUAUAUCAAACAGAAAAAUCUUCAAAAGAAAAUGAAAGAAAUAAAAAAAAAGGAAAAUGAGUCAGACUCUAUUAUUGCUCAUGACAUAAUUAAUAUGGAAAUGGUUAAUGAAGAAGCCAAGGAUUUCGAGUUAACAGAAAGAAUCCCAGAAUUUUGUAAUAAAUUUAAAAUACCAUUCUUAUUUUUUAAAUCACAACAUCCAUUAUAUAAAAUUAAAGAAAUAUAUUCAUUUAGUAAACAUGCAAUAAGAAUCUAUGACCAACCUGAGAGUAAUGAAUAUUAUGUCCGUUUUAUUAAUGAAAAUGGAAGUGAUGUAUUUUUAUAUGACAUUCAUAUUAAUGGAAAUGUAUUUAAUUUUAUAAAACCAAAUCAUUUUGAAAAAGAAUAUGAAACCGCUAACGUUGUUAUCCCUUUGCAUUUACAAUUUGACAAAAAUGGAGUUUGUAACAUUUCUAUUUUUGAUGAUAAUGCUUAUAUUAUCGUAAUGAAAUGUGAAAUUAGAUGUAAAAGAGAUAUCAUUAAUAUGGUUGAUUUUGACUCUCACUUACAAGAGUUAAAAGAAGUUUGUUUAAAGUAUCAAGUACCUUUUGAUGAAAUACAAAUUAAAGAUCAAUAUAAAGACGAUGAUUUUAAUAUCUCAUUUGACGUUCCUUUGACUUGUCCAAUAGGAUUAAAUAGAAUUGAAAACCCUGUAAGAGGAAGAGCUUGUAAACACAUGAUUUGUUGUGAUUUAAAAAAUGUUAUAAGUUGUUGUUUGUACACAAACAUAUGGAACUGCCCUUUUUGUUUAAUGAAGUCUUAUUAUUACGACUUGUUUAUUGAUUCCCGCUUAAAAUAUUAUUUGUCUUUUCUCCCAGAAAAUAUUAAAAAGGUUUCAUUUGUUGGAGAGGAAAUUCAAAUAAAGAAUUCUGAAUUAGAGUCUGAGGAAGAGGUAAGACUUAAUUUGGAAUAA